CGCGAUACACGUAUGACGGAACAGAACUCCCGCGCUGCCGUGUUCCCUGUUUGGGAAGUGUGAGCGCUGAAUGGAUAAUGCGAUUGGGAACUCGGCUCGUUCCGAAGAGGAGGAGAUGGAAGUCGCUGCAACCCCUUCGGUCGUGUCUGCCCCUGAGGCCACUCGCUCGUCGUUUGGGGAAAACGAUGGGAUGUCCAGUGAGGAUGACGAAGGGAUAGUGGAGCAGCUCAGUGGGGGCGAGGCCGAGGAGCACAUGAUUAACCUGACUGACCUAAAUCCCUACAUUCUGUGCUCAAUCUGCAAAGGGUAUUUAAUAGACGCCACAACUAUCACUGAAUGCCUUCAUACAUUUUGCAAGAGUUGUAUAGUAAAACAUUUUUACUACACCAACAGAUGUCCAAAGUGCAACAUUGUCGUUCAUCAGACGCAACCACUUUACAAUAUCAGGUUGGACAGACAACUCCAAGACAUUGUCUUCAAAUUAGUAGUCAAUUUGGAACAAAGAGAAAAAACACAGAUGCAUGCAUUUUAUAAAGAACGAGGCCUAGACGUACCAAAGCCUAAUAUUCCACAGCCUAUUCCUAGUUCUCGUGCAAAACCGAAAAAGAUGUUAGGACCAGUUUUCCGGAUCCCUCCAGAGCUGGAUGUAUCGUUGCUCCUGGAAUUUAUGGGGGCUGAAAAAGGCACUGGAAACUUUAAGCCUUUGGAGAAGAAAUACGUUCGUGUCUCAGGAGAAGCGACCGUUGGACAUGUCGAGAAAUUUCUAAGAAGAAAGAUGGAGCUUAACGCAACUUGCCAGGUAGACAUUAUAUGCGGAGAUCACUUGCUAGAGCACUUUCAGACUCUGCGGGAAAUUCUUGGUGCCAUUGGUGAAAAAGCAGUUCAGUGUUUUUUCCACCCAUUAGGGCAGAGACACACACUCCGAUUCGGGGAGAUUAGGUGCCUGGCGACAAAUCUCCUUCUUUGGCAGGAUGGCACUCGGAGCACAUCGUUUUCCAAAGUUGCCGGAUACGUCCCCUAUGUGGACUGGCAGACUACAGGAGAUUCUGUUCGGCAGUACACCUGGUUUAUGCAACUAAAACUUGCCUCCGCGUAUGGAAUUCAACAAAAAAAAAGCCCCUGCUUUGAGGCCACUGAAAGCAACAUCCAAGGGGUUACCGGUUGGGGAACACUGCUGUACAACCUUGAUUCCCUGCUGUAAAUGGCGCAUCUCCAUGGAACUCCAGCUGUUGAAUGACACUGGGAUUGUUUAGCUCAGCUAGAGAUAUAGACGCGGAUCGGGUUGUGGGUCAAUUCCUGCUGCAGCUCUCUCCCUGCAGCUUUCCCUCCACUUGUCUCCCCCUCCCAUCUGACUUCAGGCACAGCUCUCUUACACGACGCACUUCUGUCCCUCUCUGCUAUCAGCCACAUUUGACGGUCACUUCCAGUUUGCAGCAACAUCACUUACUGUUUGAUAGUGGUCAGUGGGUUGCGGGUCAGGUUGCAGAUAAGGCAGUUGCGGGCCCGAGUCGAGUAGUGGUUCGGGUCUUAGAAAUUGGUUUCCACGCAGGACUCUACCUUAGAGCUGUGGCCAACGUGGAGAUUUGUCGGAUGACUUCAGAAUGAUGGUUUUACUGCAGGCAAAUUCAAUUAUUUCCAAUAGAGAGGCAUUUUUGGGGGAUUUAUCUCAUGCAUGUUAAUAGUGGGCUACAAAUCUCCUCAUCGUCGUUGGGGGGGGGGGCUUAGCACUAUUUAUUUAAACAUGUUAAUGCAGUCACUGAGGGUAAAGAAGAAAUGAUUUUGUGCCUCUCCCUACUCUCUGGAUCAGGUUUGAUCUAUAGACUGACAUUGCUGCCUUAGAGAGAGACUGAUAUGAAUGCAAAUUGCUGGGCUGCACUGAUUGCAAACCAAUGGCAUGUAAAUGAAAUGCAAUCAGUGCAGCUCUCCUAUCUGGGUUUUCUAGAAGUAUUCACACUUCUUCUUGUUACCUUCUUGUAUAUUUUUUUUCCCAGCAAGUAUGAGUUUAAAAAAUCGUAUCUCAAAAAAUGUCUUUGGAUUUGUUUUUUAUUCCUUCGGAAAUCAGUAACAAAUAUGUGAUUCCUCCUAGGAUGGCUUACUCGUUCU